AUGAGCGGCGAGGACAGAGGAGCUUCCUACCGCUACCCUGGGCGGUCUGCUGCCCCAAUGGCAGACGCCUACGGCAGAUACGACCCCGACAGCAACCCUGAAGCAGCGCCCUACCCCUACGACAGAGUGCAUCCCAGCGAGUAUGAUCGUCGCCGUUACGAUCGGGUUCAAGCCACCUACGAAACCGCCCCAUCGUACGCCGCGGAUCCUUCGCGCUCGCCUGCCGCGCAUCCCGACUACCGCCGCUCAGCACAGCCAGCAUACAGGUACGCACACGACUACCCUGACCGUCCCUUGGUCCAGCAGCCUGCGGAUCGCGCCAGUGGGCCCCGUCUAGCCGACCCCUACCGAGCCAAUUACAGGGAAUACGACGACAGAUCGUACGAAGUGUCCAGAUCCGACCCGUACGCCUCGCGCUCGCGCGCCGUCCGCCGCGACGACUAUCAGUCGGCUCCGCUUCACGACCUCGACAAGUCCAGGCACGAGCAUCCUGCGUACGAUCGCUGCAGCGUCAGAGACGAGCCUCCCCAGCGCGCAGUCGCUCAUCCACGCGCCGACGAAAUGUCCUAUCGCCGACCCGAGUACGAUGUACAUGCCCGCGAAAUUCAGCCUUCGUAUCGACGUGGCGAGCACAGGUCUCCAAUGCUGCCAUCGCAGCCUGUUCCCAACGAACAUGCGCUGAGGAGCGACCUCGCUACCCGCGACUAUGAUGCGGCUCCGAGCAGGGACGCCGAGCUGCGCGACGCUCCCGAUAGCCCCCCGAGACCCUCGAUGUCCAUCUUCAACAUGCUCAACGACCGCGCGGCCAACGGCGAUUCACACUCCUCUCAUUCGAGCCCUGCCAAGUCGGUUGUGGCGGCCGAGUACGACGGUCAGCGUGCAGCACAGCCGCAUGCUCCCCAAGCCUCGCUUGGGGCGUUCGACCCGGCCAGGGAGUCAUCCGGCAGUUCGGCUCGCGGCGCUGCUCCUCAUCCGUCCAGACGCGACGAACGUCAUCGCAGGCUCGACUUCACACCCGAACCCGAGGACGAGGAGCAAGGGCAUCACCCUCACAACGGAACCGCCUCAAAAUAUCGCUCAGACCUUAACGAGAGCAACACUGAGGCGCCUGUCCGCGUCAAGGAAGAGCCCUACGCAUCGGCCCGAAUGACCGACGAUCUUGCCGGGCCCAAGGCACCAUCUGCUGGGGCGCCGGACAGUCUAGUGCACGGAGCUGAAAAGUCAGAAGUCCCGCAUCCUGCCACCAAAAACGGAUCUGCGAAGGUCGGACUCAAGCUGCGCAACAAUCCGCUCCCGCCGUCCAAGAGCACCUCGAGUUUCGUGGCGCCGCCCCCUCCCGCCAAGAAGAAUCGUGACCCAGACGGUUGGGAGAGCGACCUGUCCAACGAUGAAAAUCGAUCCGCCUGGCAGCCUGAGCUCGACGACUACGUCUUCGACAUGCAGGAACGCCUGCGCCUCAUCGAGGAUGCAUUCGAGGCCGGCCUUCACGAGAAGCAUGUCGAGGUCGAAAAGCGAGUCGCUCGCGCCUACGAGGGUCGCCACUUUGCCAUGCUCCGUCAGGUCCGCAUCCGCGAGCAGCAGGAGGCUUCACAAAGGGACAUGGAGCGUCGCCACAACCACGUGCGCCAGCAGCUGGACCACGAGAUUGAUCUCGAGCUUCUCGGCACCUUAAGCGACGGCCAGGUGUCGGGAUCCAAGGGCGCAAAGAGGCGGAAGGGCGGCCGAGACGCAGACGACGUCGACGAGCUUCUCCGGGACGGCGACGAGGACGACGCCGACAGCGACGACGUCGCACUCGCCGAUAUUGCCGCCCGCACCAACGGUUCCCGUGCCAACAUCAUCAAGCUCAAGCGCAGCAAAGGCAAGCUUGGAGCCGCCGGCGGCAAGAGACGUAGGCUUGAUGCUAGCGGCGCGGCUUCGUCGCCUGCACCUGGGUCCGAUGCCGACUCCACGCUGGCGGAUCUCAACGCUGCCUUCGACGGUGAUGAAUCUGCAUUUGCCUCGCGUCAGGCCUCGCCGAUCGCAGACGAUGCCAGCUUCGCUCUGGACCUCGACGCGGCGGGCAAGGUCCCCAUCGACUCUCGUCGCGCACAGCAGCUCGAGGACGCCCACCGACGCAUCUGGACAACCAUCGCCAAGCGCGACGUCCCCAAGGUCUAUCGUACGGUGCUCCAGAGCGCAUCGAGCAAAGUCAUGUACUGGCGCCGUCUUUCGAGCGUCGUCCAGCGCGAGGCCAAGCGAGGCGCCGCCCGCAACAACAAGACGGUCAAGGACGUCCAGCUACGCGCCCGCAGAGUCAUGCGCGAGGUUCUCGUCUUCUGGAAGAGGAACGAGAAGGAAGAGCGCGAGCUCCGCAAGAAGGCCGAGAGGGAGGCGCUCGAAAGAGCAAAGAAGGAGGAGGAGAUGCGCGAGGCCAAGCGACAGGCUCGCAAGCUCAACUUCCUCAUCUCGCAGACCGAGCUGUACAGCCACUUCGUCGGCAGCAAACUCAAGACCGCCGAAGCCGAAGAGUCCGAGGAGACCGCAGGCAGCAGCAAGAUGAUCGAUCCCAACGGCGUGCCUGCCAUCGACCCGCACGCCGAGGUUGCCGAUGCGGAAGCCAGGCUGGCCGAACUUGACGAGAUCGACUUUGACGACGAGGACGAGAGCAACCUCCGUGCCCACGCUGCUCGCAACGCACAGGAAGCCGUGCGGCUCGCCAAGGAGAAGGCCCAGGCGUUCGACGUGGCUGCUGCGGAAGAGAGGAAGCGAAACGAGGCCUUGGCCCGCGAACGCGACGGUCUGGACGCCGGUCCAGGCAAGCAGAUCGACGAGAAGGACCUCGGCAAGGCCUUUGACUCGGACGACAUGAACUUCAUGAACCCCACCUCCAUGGGCGAGACCGAGAUCAAGCAGCCCAAGAUGCUCACCUGCCAGCUCAAGGAGUACCAGCUCAAGGGUCUCAAUUGGCUGGCCAACCUCUACGAGCAAGGCAUCAACGGCAUCCUGGCCGACGAGAUGGGUCUCGGCAAAACGGUGCAGUCGAUCUCGCUCAUGGCCUAUCUCGCCGAGGUGCACGACAUCUGGGGCCCUUUCCUCGUCAUUGCGCCCGCUUCCACGCUGCACAACUGGCAACAGGAGAUCAGCAAGUUUGUGCCCUCGCUCAAGGCUCUGCCGUACUGGGGCAAUGUCAAGGACCGCGCGGUGCUGCGCAAGUUCUGGAAUCGCAAGCAGAUCUCGUACAACCGCGAUGCGCCUUUCCACGUCCUGGUCACGAGCUAUCAGCUCGUCGUCUCGGACGAAAAGUACUUCCAACGCGUCAAGUGGCAGUACAUGAUCCUCGACGAGGCACAGGCCAUCAAGUCGUCCAGCAGUAUUCGAUGGAAGACGCUGCUCGGCUUCAAUUGCCGAAACCGCCUGCUGCUCACGGGCACGCCCGUGCAGAACUCGAUGCAGGAGCUCUGGGCGCUGCUCCACUUUAUCAUGCCCUCGCUCUUCGACUCGCACGACGAGUUCAGCGAGUGGUUCUCCAAGGACAUCGAGAGCCACGCAGAGCAGAAGGGCACGCUCAACGAGCAUCAGCUUCGACGUCUGCAUAUGAUCAUGAAGCCGUUCAUGCUUCGCCGCAUCAAGAAGAACGUGCAGAAUGAGCUGGGCGACAAGAUCGAGAUCGACCUCUUCUGCGACCUCAGCGCGCGUCAGAAGAUGCUCUAUCGCGGCCUGCGAGCCAACAUCUCAGUGGCCGAGCUCAUGGACCGCGCCACCUCGAACGACGAGGCGGGCUUAAAGAGUCUCAUGAACCUCGUCAUGCAAUUCCGCAAGGUGUGCAAUCAUCCGGAGCUCUUUGAGCGUGCCGAUGUGCGCGCGCCCUUCGCCUUUGCCGAUUUCGCCCGAUCGGGAUCGCUGGCGCGCGAGGGUGAUCUGUUGAAUCUGCCGCACUCUACCACUUCGCUGAUCGAGCUGCAGCUGCCGAAGCUGCUCGUGAGGGAAGGCGGCCUCUGCGACGUGCCUGGUCACGCGAGCCGCAAGGGCUUCGACACGGGCUAUCUGCAGAAUCUGCUCAACAUCUGGCGGGCGCCUCAUGUGUACGAGUCGCUGCAGCAAAAGGACUCGGCCUUUGCUUCGUUGCCGCUCAUCGGCGUCUCGGCGUCGGAAGCCGAGGGAACCAUGCACAGCAGCGGCAUCAAGCGCAUCUUGGCUGCUGCGGCCGAAGAACGCCGCUGGCGCUCCAUCGAGGCGUUUGCAAGCGAUGACGACUUUGCCGCGGCGUCGCUGCGCCCCAUGGGCAAGGUGUUGCGACCGAUGCCGAGCACCUCGGGCCGGGCGCCAUCGUUGCUGAUGCCUCUGGAGGAAGUUGCGGCGGACUACCGACGUCACUCGUAUCUGGCGAAGGACUCGGCGCGCGCGGUGGUCGCUCCAGCCGUGGCUCCGCCGAUCCGACUGUACAGCAACGACGGACCGUUCAUGCAGUCGCAGGAGCGAUUCUCGCAGGAUCCGCAGGUGUCGGCCACGUUAUUCGGACUGUCGCCGGAGGGACGCGAGUCGGUGCAGCGCGUGGCAGAGCUGGAGCGCGAUCUGCCGGAUGUGCCGCCGCAGGGCGUGCUGCGCGACUCGUCGAUCGACCAGCUGCCGUACAACGGCAUGCAGGUGCCGCAGAUGAACAAGCUGAUCAUCGACUCGAGCAAGCUGGCCAAGCUGGACGUGCUGCUGCGCGAACUCAAGGCGAACGGGCACCGCGUGCUGAUCUACUUCCAGAUGACGAGGAUGAUCGACCUGAUGGAGGAGUAUCUGAUCUACCGACAGUACAAGUACCUGCGUCUGGACGGUGCGUCCAAGAUCUCGGAUCGUCGAGACAUGGUGACCGACUGGCAGACCAAGCCGGAGCUGUUCAUCUUCCUGCUCUCGACGCGUGCCGGUGGUCUAGGCAUCAAUCUCACGGCGGCGGACACGGUGAUCUUUUACGACCACGACUGGAAUCCGUCGAACGACCAGCAGGCGAUGGACCGAGCGCAUCGUCUGGGCCAGACGAAGCAGGUCACGGUGUACCGACUGAUCACCAAGGGCACGAUCGACGAGCGCAUUGUGCGGCUGGCGAGGAACAAGAAGGAGGUGCAGGAUAUCGUGGUGGGCAACAAGGCCUACAGCGAGACGGGCAUGGCCAAGCCGCAGGAGAUUGUGUCGCUGCUUCUGGACGACGACGAGCUGGCCGAGUCGAUGCUGCGCAAGAAGCAGGCCGAGGAGGCGCAGACGGCGCAGGACAAGGCGGAUUCGGCGAGGGCCAUGGUGGCCAAGCGCCGGCUGAACAAGGACCGCGCUGCAGCGGCGGCGCAAUCGCCUGCGCCGUCGGCCGGGCUGCAGUGGUCGCUGGAGGAGGACGAGGACGACUUCUUUGGCGCGCGUCCGCCGAGCAAGGCGGAGACGGAUACUGCCGAGACUACGCCGCAGCCGCCCAGCCGGAAGCGCGGUGGCCCGAGCAAGCGCGGACGUGCGAGCGAAGCGUCGGAACGCAUGACGCCGCUCGAGCUGGACGGGGACGCGUCGAUGGCGGGCACCGAGGGAGCGUCUUCGCCGCUCAAAGCAAAGCGGAAGCCCAAGAGCCACCGCAAGAAGACGGUCGACGAGCUUGCCGGUGUCGACCUCUGA